CGAGCAGACCCCGAGUGAGUUUGAGCGAGUGGUGAGAAACAGAGCAAAGACUUCAGAGUCAUUGUGAAGAAGCCUCUCUCCCUCUUCUUCUUCUUCUUCUUCUUCUUCUUCGAUGGCUGUCCUGGUUUUCUCCAAAAUGUCUGUUGUGUCGUUCGGUUUGGUCGUGGGUCUUGCGUUUGCGCUGGUGGGUCUGGUCACGAGCGCGAGGUUUGAUGAGCUUUACCAGCCGAGCUGGGCUAUGGAUCACUUUGUCUAUGAAGGAGAGGUUCUUAAGCUCAAGCUUGAUAACUACUCCGGCGCUGGGUUCCAAUCGAAGAGCAAGUACAUGUUCGGCAAAGUCACCAUCCAGAUCAAGCUCGUCGAGGGCGACUCUGCCGGGACUGUCACUGCUUUCUACAUGUCGUCGGAUGGACCGAACCACAACGAGUUCGACUUCGAGUUUCUGGGCAACACCACGGGGGAGCCAUACCUGGUGCAGACCAACGUGUACGUGAACGGGGUGGGCAACCGAGAGCAGCGGCUUGGCCUGUGGUUCGACCCCACCAAGGACUUCCACUCCUACUCCGUCCUCUGGAACCAACACCAAGUCUUGUUUCUUGUGGACGAGACUCCGAUCCGCGCCCACACCAAUUUGGAGCACCGAGGCAUCCCGUACCCGAAGGACCAGCCCAUGGGCGUGUACAGCUCGAUAUGGAACGCCGACGACUGGGCCACGCAGGGCGGCCGCAUCAAGACCGACUGGACCCACGCGCCCUUCGUCACGUCCUACCGCAACUUUGACAUCGACGCAUGCGAGUGCCCGGUGACCGUGGCGGCAGCCGACAACGCCAAGCGGUGCAGCAGCGGUGGGGAGAAGCGGUACUGGUGGGACGAGCCCACGGUGUCCGAGCUGAGCCUCCACCAGAACCACCAGCUCAAGUGGGUGCGGGCCAACCACAUGGUCUACGACUACUGCAUGGACACGGCCCGGUUCCCGGUCACCCCGGCCGAGUGCGAGCACCACCGCCAUUGAGCGAAAUUCCCAUGUGAAAUGGGAUCAACUGGCCCGACGCCGGCGGGUCAUGGAGGUCGGAUUCUAGGGUGUGAAGGAGGUUGGGUUUUGUAAAAAAAAAUCAUAAGAAAAGCCAAACAUGUUCUCCAUGUUCUUUGAUAUCUUUCUUUUAAAUCUUUUGGUGGUGUUGGAUCUUCUUGCAGCAUGUAAUAUAAUUUCGUUUCGAAUGAAAAGCCAGGGCUAUAAAUAUUAUAA